AUGGCGACGGCGCGCGGCGGCGGCGGCUUCCUCCGGGCGCUGCCGCCGCUGCUGCUGCUGCUGCUGCUGCCGCCGGUGCUGCCCCGCGCCGCCGCCGAGCAGGUUGUCCUGCUGGACUCAAAGGAAUCGCAGGCAGAGCUGGGCUGGACCUCGCACCCGUCAAACGGGUGGGAAGAAAUCAGCGGCGUGGAUGAGAAUUACAAGCCGAUACGCACGUACCAGGUCUGCAACGUCAUGGAGCCAAACCAGAACAACUGGCUGCAGACAGGCUGGAUUGCUAGGCGCGACGGCCAGAGGAUCUUCAUUGAGCUGAAGUUCACCCUGCGGGACUGCAACAGCAUCCCUGGCGUGACGGGCACCUGCAAAGAGACUUUCAAUCUGUACUACGUCGAGUCUGACUCCGACCUGGGCCGUAGCAUCCAUGAGAGCAAGCACACCAAGAUCGACACCAUUGCCGCUGAUGAGAGCUUCACACAGGGGGACCUGGGUGAGCGUAAGAUGAAGCUGAACACUGAGCUGAGGGAGAUUGGGCACCUGAGCAAGAGAGGCUUCCACCUGGGCUUCCAGGACGUGGGCGCCUGCGUGGCACUGGUCUCCGUGCGGGUCUAUUACAAGAAGUGCCUCACCACCAUGCAGAACCUGGCCGUGUUUCCGGACACAGUGGCGGAGACGGCCUUCGCGACUUUGGUGGAAGUUAAGGGCACUUGUGUUGCUCACGCUGAAGUGGAUGUGGAUAAUCCCCCCAGGAUGCACUGCAGUGCGGAGGGCGAGUGGCUGGUCCCCAUAGGGAAGUGCACGUGCAGUCCCGGCUUCGAGGCGAAGGAUGGGGGAUGCAAAGCUUGCCUUCCUGGAUUUUACAAGCUUUCUCUCCGUCUCCCUUUCUGCUCUCCUUGCCCUGAGCACAGCUUCACGCAUGAGGAAGCCUCCACGUUCUGUUCGUGCCAGAAGAACUACUCCAGGUCCCCGUCAGACCCACCAUCUGCCUCCUGCACACGUCCACCCUCUGCCCCGAGGAACCUGGUCUACAGCCUGCGGCAGUCGUCGCUGGUCCUGGAGUGGAGUGCCCCCGCCGACGCGGGUGGCCGGAGUGACCUGACCUACAGCCUGUGGUGCGGCCGGUGCCCGGCAGCUCUGCGGGGCCGCUGUGAGCAGUGUGGCAGCAGCGUGGGCUUUGUGCCGCAGCAGACGGGGCUCGUGGACCGGACUGUCACCCUGGUGAACCUGCUGCCUCAUGUCAACUACACCAUCCGUGUGGCAGCUGUCAACGGUGUCUCAGGCGUCAGCCCGCUGUCGGGGCAGCAGUACGCCGAGGUCAACAUCUCCACAGGCCUCGCAGCGCCGACUCCUGUCACCGACAUCCGCAUGGAUAAAGUUGAGCAGAAGAGCGUCUCCUUGUCAUGGCAGGAGCCAGGCUUCCUGACAGCCAACGGCACAGAGUACGAGAUCAAGUACUAUGAGAAGGAUCAGAGAGAUCAAAGUUACUCAACUGUGAAAACCACGUCAACGGCCGUGACGGUCAAUAACCUGAAGCCUGGCACCCUCUAUAUUUUCCAAAUUCGGGCAUCUUCCUCACCGGACUACGGAAACUACAGCCCUAGUAUUGAAGUGGAGACGCUGGCAGAGCUGACGGUGGCCUCCAGCGAGCAGAACCCCGUCCUCAUCAUCGCGGUGGUGGCCAUCGCGGGGCUGACGGUGCUGGUGUCCAUGGUGAUUGGCGUGAUGGUCUGGAGGAGACAGUGUGGGUACAGCAAAGCCAGCCAGGACGGGGAUGAGGAGCUGUACUUCCAUUUUAAAAUACCAACCAGGAGGACCUACAUCGACCCUGACACUUGCGAAGAUCCCAUGCAGGCUGUGCAUCUCUUUGCCAAAGAGCUGGAUAACGCUAGUAUUAAAAUUGAGAGGAUCAUUGGGACAGGGGAGUUUGGAGAAAUCUGCCGGGGAUGCCUGAAGCUGCCCAGCAAGCGAGAGCUGCCGGUGGCGAUCCAGACCCUGCGGGCAGGGUGCUCGGAGAAGCAACAGCGCUCUUUCCUGGCAGAGGCGUGCACCAUGGGCCAGUUCGAUCACUCCAACGUCAUCCGCCUGGAGGGGGUCAUUACCAGAGGGAGUCCUAUGAUGAUAGUGAUGGAGUACAUGGGGAACGGCGUGCUAGACUCUUUUCUCAGGAAACAUGAGGGACAGUUCACGGCCACCCAGCUCGUUUGCAUGUUGCAGGGGAUUGCCUCUGGCAUGAAGUACCUGGCAGAGAUGGGUUACAUACAUAAAAGCCUUGCUGCCCACAAAGUCCUUGUGAACAGCAGCCUGGCUUGCAAAAUAACUGGUUUCAGAAGGCCACAAGAAGAUAAGAUGGAGACCAUCUUCUCCACCAUGCGUGGGAAGAGCCUGGUGCUGUGGUCGGCCCCUGAAGCCAUCCAGUAUCACCACUUCAGUCCGGCCAGCGAUGUGUGGAGCUUCGGCAUCGUCAUGUGGGAAGUCAUGUCCUACGGCGAGAGACCCUACUGGGACAUGUCCAACCAGGACGUGAUGAAGGCUGUGGAGGACGGGUUCCGCCUGCCUGCCCCAGUGAACUGCCAGCCGCCCCUCCAUCAGCUCAUGCUCGACUGCUGGCAGAAGGACCGCGGCCAGAGACCCAAGUUCUCGCACAUCCACAACAUCCUGAGCAAGAUGGUGCAGAGCCCGGACCUCCCGAAGUGCCCCAGCUCCACCACGUCCAUCCCCCUCACUGAGCGUACCUUCUCAGCCUUCCCGUCUUUCAGCUCUGUGGGCGAGUGGCUGGAAGCAAUAGAAAUGGGCAGGUACAAAGACAACUUCACUGCUGCGGGCUACUGCUACCUGGAAUCGGUGGCCAGGAUGACAGCCCAAGAUGUCCUCAGCCUCGGGAUCACGCUGGCAGAGCACCAGAAGACCAUCCUGAGCGGGAUCCAGACUCUCCGGGCCCAGGUGAUACAAAUGCAUGGCCGAGGCGUGCAGGUGUGA